AUGCACCUAGGACCUUUCUUUGAGUCCGGCCUCCGGGUCAGGCAUCCACUCCGGCCAUGGACAAUUACUGGAGCAAUUAACUUCAGCUACACUGACGACUUUUCCCUCACCGGACACUUGUCAGACUCUAUACAAAUAGUGGACGCAUGUUCCCCUGACGCGCUCGAAGCUAUCAAUAACGCUCGUCCUACCCUCGAUCCUGCGAUACCGAACAUUGUUCAUCAACUGUGGAAGACAACCGAUAUCCGUGAAUACUCCCCCACAAUCACCGCGUCUCGUGAAUCAUGGAGGGCCAUGCUCGAACCCUUCAAUUACACAGUCAAGCUGUGGACGGACGACGACGUUCUUGAGCUUAUCAAGGCGGAUUAUGAUUGGCUGCUCUCAACCUACGAAGGAUAUCCUCACGAUAUUCAGCGGGCUGACAUUGCGAGGCUGCUUAUCGUUCAUUCCGAAGGCGGCAUCUAUUCUGAUCUGGACGUAAACCCCAAAUCAGCCCAGCAUAUUCAAUGCCUCCAGAGACUUAGCUUACAGGCUAUAUUCUCACCAACAGCGGGCACACUCGGCCUCAGUAACCAUUUCUUUAUGGCAAUGCCUGGAUCGCCAUUCCUGCAAUGGGCGCUCUACGAGGCCAAGCGGCGGAGUAGCAGGCUGGUAUCACGAGGCAUAAUCCUGCCAUACUUGCAGGUUUUCUGGUCCACCGGUCCAAUCAUGGUGACGGCAGCGGCUGCUCGACAACGGGUUUGGUGGCUUGGUGGUCCGUCAUGCCGCCGGGCGGUCCUGGCAAGGGGUGGACGGCCGGGCGCUAAAUUAUCUUGCAGAUCAUGCUGGGAUAGGGCUCAUACUAGGAGCUGUUGCAUGCUUUUUGACAGUGGCGGGACUUGUCUUUGUGGUGAGGGGGUACAAUGGUAG